AUGGAAGGCAAGGUGAUUUUGAGGAGCUCAGACAAUCAAAAUUUCGAAGUAGAUGAGGUUGUGGCCAUGGAGUCGCAAACCAUAAGAGAUCUCAUUCAACUUGCAGGGAAUACAUCUACUUCUCAGCCUGCCAUAUCACUGGCAAAUGUUUCCAGUGACAUUUUGGCCAUGGUUAUCGAAUAUUGCAAAUAUCAUGUACAUGCAAAAAAGUUAGAUUCAGGUAUAUCAGCUGAAGAUGUGAAGAAAUGUGAUAAAGAGCUGGUAGCUGUUGAUCGGAAUACCGUGUUAAAAUUGCUAAUGGCUGCUAAUUAUUUGAAUAUAAAUGGUCUUGUUGAGUUGACAUGUCAAGCUUUGGCUGACGACAUUGCUUCCUGUAAAGGUGCAGACGAUAUUCGUCAAAAAUAUAACAUUAAAAAUGAUCUUGAAGAGGAUUAG